AUGUCUCGCCAUCAUCCAGAUCUCGUAAUGUGCAGAAAGCAAUCUGGUAUUGCCAUUGGACGUCUCUGCGAUAAAUGCGAUGGAAAGUGCCCUGUAUGCGAUUCCUACGUCCGUCCCACAACUCUCGUACGCAUCUGCGAAGAGUGUAGUUUCGGAAACUAUCAAAACAAAUGUGUCGUAUGUGGAGGUGAAGGAAUUUCAGACGCUUUCUAUUGCUUCGAAUGUACAAGAUUAGAAAAGGAUCGCGAUGGAUGUCCGAAGAUUAUCAAUCUGGGUAGUAGUAGGACGGAUUUAUUCUAUCAUCAAUCAAUCUCGAGCAAGCCGCAGUCCCAAGCCGCAGUUGAGAUAUCCUACACACUUCUUUCAUUUUUCACUCCAUUGAAACCAGUUUUACCACAUCAAGAACAACAACAAUACCAAUACAUUAUCACAAAGCAACAAGCCAACAUGUCGAAUUCCAAACCACCCGCGGCUCCAGUCAUCUCACCCAUCACCUCCGACACCCCCAAUCUUCCUACUGCACCAAUGGGUAGAAAGAGCUCAUCAAUUUACUUCCAUCAACCAACGUCGAACGAUGGCUCCUCUUCCAACGCAAAUCGCGACAACGAUACAGAUUUCUAUGCCUCCAUCGAGCAUGGUAUACUUUUGGGUCUCCGCGGUCUUCCUCACACUUCGAAGAAACGUCGUAAGCACCAAGUUCAACUCAUCGAAGAGAUCCCUGAAUUCUCUCUUCCUGGACCUGCCAAUACUAGAAGUGUGGAGGGAUCAGGUGCUUUCAAUACUUCGACCAAGCGUACAGCCGACGAGAGUAUCGCCAAGAACACGGAAUUUGGUGAUCUUGCUGAAAACCAUGGUGGUGGAACACUAAAGUCGAAGAGGAUUAAGAGAAGAGCUUCGGAUUCUGUUACGAUGACUCUUCGUCGCGCUGAGGAGAGCAAGACUGUGUCGUUUAGAAGGGAGACAAGCGUUAUUCCCACCAGGAGUUUGGAGGAGCUUAAGCUUGAUGAUGAUUUUGUUGAUGGGGAUGGAUCGAGGGCUGGAGAGAGAAAGUGA